AUGCUACUCACACAACUCCUCCUGCUCCCCUUCGCGGUCGCAUCUUCAGUAACGCUAUACGUGUCGUCGGUCCCAACCACCUCAGAUCCCUCCAUCUCCUCGCCCAUCCCGCUUGCGCAAAUCGAGUACGAUGUAGAGCAAUCGGCCGGCACACUGGCAUCCUACACACCACCAACCGGCUCCUACGCCUCCGACCACCUCUUGCGCGUCGGACUUUCCGACUCCAAAUCUGCGGCAUGGCGCGGCAUCGUCACCUCGGCGGCUAGCUUCUCGGAGCAGUACCGCAAGAAGUUCAUUAUCCAUGUGGAUGAAAUGGGUGAGCCGAUUCAUGUGGGUUUUGGCACGAGUGCGAAGGGCAGUGGGCAGGAGAUUGAGAUUGAGAUUGUCAAGAGGUCGGCGGGACCGAAGCCGGUGUUGAAUAAGCCUAUUGUGUUGAACGCGGAUGGGAAGCUGGAUUCCAAGGAGCCGGAGAAGACCUUUUUGCAGAAGUACUGGUGGGUCCUUGCAUUGUUCCUCGUUGUUCAGUUGGUGUCGGGUGGAGGGGACGGAAAGUAA